AUAACAGAGGGAGGCUUGAGCCCUCUUCCCAAGAGCCUCGGUGCUUCAUGGGAGUUGACAGCCCAGUACACGUUUGCUCACUUUUGCAGAUCACAGUGUCUCCCCAGACAGCCUGCCAGUUUUGAGUUUGGGUACACAGUGAGGAUUUAUUUUCUCUCUCUCAGGAAGUGGCGAGGUAGGCUGGGGCCUCUGACGCUCUGCACUCUGGUUCUCCCGGCAGAAGAGCAUGGGUGGGUGGCAUCUCUGAAUUGAGUGAUUUCCCGGGUCUACACAACUGGGAGACCCCCAGCAUGUUACCAAAUACAGUAGGAAGGAGUCAGUGGGCCACACGCUGACCACAGCACUACCCACCUUGGAGUGGAGAAGUCGUACGUGCUUGAACAGAGCAUGCCUGGGGCUGGCCUCUUCACGGACCCCCAUGGCCCUGUCCCUGCUUUUCCCUUUGUGGCUCUGACCCGCCUCUGCCAGCCUCUGCAUUUUUGUAUCUUUUUCUCAUUGCGUGGCCCCCUUGUCUUUAAAAGGCUAAAUGCUCUGUACUAAAUUUGGUCACACAACGCUCCAAGAUUCCCUGGAAUGCCCUCAAGUUUCAAACAGCUCUGACAGCAAGGCAGGCCCGCCUCCCGCUUGGGGAUUGGCUUCUCCUUCCAGGGCUGGGCCUCGUCAGGGCUUAUUGGCUGCUGGUCAGGGCAGCCGGGGUCCUCCAGCCCUGGGCUUCAGGGAGGCUUCUGCUUCCAGUUAACACGCCAGCACCUGUGGCUAGCAGGGCAGAGGCGAGUGGUCCUCGGCCAGCUGGGGGUUUGCUCCCAAGCCCACUCUGCUCCGUCCGGGUCCUCCCUCCCCCUCUCAGCCCUCCAGGAAGCCCACAGCCCCCUGCAAGAGUGGCAGCCCACUUUGCCAAGAUGUCCAAGGUAGCCAAGUAUCGCCGGCAGGUGAGCGAAGACCCUGAUAUCGACAGCCUGCUGUCCACCCUGUCCCCCGAGGAGAUGGAGGAGCUGGAGAAGGAGCUGGAUGUGGUGGAUCCAGACGGGAGUAUCCCUGUGGGGCUGCGGCAGAGAAACCAGACAGAGAAACUGUCCACGGGCAUGUACAACCGGGAAGCCAUGCUCAACUUCUGUGAAAAGGAGACCAAGAAGCUUAUUCAGAGGGAGAUGUCCAUGGACGAAAGCAAGCAAGUGGAGACCAAGACAGAGGCCAAGAAUGGAGAGGAAAGGGGCAGAGAUGCCAGCAAAAAAGCCCCGGGCCCCCGACGACGGGACGCAGACCUGGGGAAGGAGCCAGAGAGGGGCGGCUUGGAGAGAAGCUUCUCAAGAGACAAGGAUGCAGCCGACGGCAGGAGCGGGGAGAAGCCCAGGGAGGGGAAGGUCGUCAGGGGCCUUGACAAGGGCCGGGUCAGGGCGGCCGUGGACAAGAAGGAGGCCGGCAGGGAGGGACGGCGGGAGGAGAGGGCGGCCGCCCCCAGCGAGGAGGAGAAGAAGGGGGGCGGCAGGGGCGCCGGCCUGAGCGGGGACAAGGGCCGGGAGACGGAGCAGGUGAAGGAGACGAGCAGCCGCGAGGGGCCGGCCAAGGGGAGAGACCCCAGAAAGAGGGAGGAAGUGAAAAGCGGGGCGCAGGCAGACCCCAGGAAGCAGCAGGAGAAAGUGAAGGGCGGGCACACUGACCCGAAAAAAGAGGAUGAAAAAGUCAGAAAGGAUGAGCCCCUAAAGGCGCAGGGGCCCAGGGAGGACGACCAGCCCGGAUCGCCAGGACAGGCAGCCCCCCGCUCCCCGCCGAAGCCCUCGGAGGGGCCCGCCGCGGCGCAGGAGGAGGAGGCGGCCCCCAGCAUGUUCGACGAGCCCCUGGAGAGGGUGAGGAACAACGACCCCGGGGUGACCGAGGUGAACGUCAACAACUCGGACUGCAUCACCCCCGAGAUCCUGGUGCGCUUCACCGAGGCGCUGGAGUUCAACACGGCCGUCAGGGCGUUCGCGCUGGCCAACACGCGCGCCGACGACCACGUGGCCUUCGCCAUCGCCCUCAUGCUCAAGGCCAACAGGACCAUCACCAGCCUGAACCUGGACUCCAACCACAUCACGGGCAGGGGCAUCCUGGCCAUCUUCCGGGCGCUGCUGCAGAACAACACGCUGACCGAGCUGCGCUUCCACAACCAGCGGCACAUCUGCGGCGGCAAGACGGAGAUGGAGAUGGCCAAGCUGCUCAAGGAGAACACGGCGCUGCUCAAGCUGGGCUACCACUUCGAGCUGGCCGGGCCGCGGAUGACCGUCACCAACCUGCUCAGCCGCAACAUGGACAGGCAGCGGCAGCGGCGGCUGCAGGAGCAGCGGCAGGCGCAGGGCGCCGGCGGCGAGAGGGGCCUGCUGGGGGUGCCCGGGGCCGGGGCCGCGGCCAAGGGCUCCCCCGGACCGUCGCCGCAGCCGUCCCCGAAGGCCUCGCCCAAGAACUCGCCCAAGAGCGGGGGCGCCCCCGCCGCGCCGCCCCCGCCGCCCCCGCCCUCGGCACCCCCCCUUGUCAUGGAGAACCUGAAGAACUCGCUCUCGCCGGCCACCCCGAGGAAGGUGGGCGACAAAGCCCUCCCCACCCAGGAGAAGAACUCCCGCGACCAGCUGCUGGCCGCCAUCCGCUCCAGCAACCUGAAGCAGCUCAAGAAGUGGAGGUGCCCAAACUCCUGCAGUAGGACCAGGAUGCCAGCGCCGAGACGGCCCAGCCUCGCCUCCCGGGGCUGCCCGCCCCGCCCGCUCCACCGUGGCUGUCCCCAGGCUGCCCUGGCGGGGCUGCAGGCCUGGGGCGUGCUCGAAGGACGCCUUCUGUCUUCUCACUCUUCUCUUCUUGUCUCUGAGGUGCUCCAAAAAUAUCUUUUAUACCUGGAGCUGUUUCUGGACAAGAAGAGCCCUUUUAGCACGUCACUGGCAAGUGGCAGAGCCCGUGUAGCUGGCAAGAUAUCCCAAGGGACCACAUGACCAGCCCACCCCACUGCCCUCCAGGGCCAGGAUUCAGGCCUCUGAGGAGCCCUUGGGGCAAGGCUGCUGGGCUGUGUCACUCUGUGCGGGGCAAUGGCGAAAGAUUCGGGGCCAUGAGGGCCCAGGGAGUGGGAGGAGAGGCCGAGGGCACCCCAAGCCCCUCCUGACCACCCGUGGCAGGGAAAGCUGGCCUGGACGGGCAGUGCCUGGUGGGGAGUGGCUCCAGAUGGGGGGAGAGGGACAGACAGCAGCUGGACCUGAACGUCUGAUGCCAAAGCAGACAUUUUCCUCACGCCUGCCUGCUGUUGUAUAAAUAGCUGUGUAUCUGUUUUUCCAUAAGAUUUUGAUAAUAUAUGCAAGCCUUUAGCCAUG